AAUUAAUUUCGUGACAUUAGUUUUACCAACAGUUUCACGUGUAAUUUAAUACUUUCGUAAUGCAUGCAUUCAUUUCAUGUAUGCAAAUUAGUUUCGUGCCCCGCGCGAUUUUUUGGUGAAAUUAGUGUCAUGAACUAAUUUCAUAGUGUAGACGCGACGUGAAACUAAUGUCGCGAAAGCGCUUGCGCUGUACGGACGUGUGUAUUGUUAGUUCGGACGCGCUUCAAGUGUUGAAAAUGGCAAACCAACGAUGGAGUACAGAAAAAAAUAUACAAUUCAUUAAUGAAUAUCAUCGACAAGAGUGUCUCUGGGACCCGAAACACCUACAAUAUAAAAAUAGGGAUGCCCGAGAUGCGGCCUACAAAAUAAUUAUGGAAGCCAUGGAGAUGCAAUGUGUCAAAGAAGUUGUUGGUAAAAUACGAUCACUUCGAAAUACUUACAACAAUGAGUUGUUAAAGGCAAAAAAAUCUAAUACUACGGGUAUGGCAACCAAUGAUCUGUAUAUUUCUAAAAUUCCUUGGCUGUGUCAUUUGGAUUUCUUGAAAAAUAUUGACAGUUACACGAGAGAAAAUACAGAAAAUAUGGCAGUAGACGCAUUAGAAAAAGUUUCAACGCAGCACUUUUUAAAUGAUGAAUUUGAUCUUUUUGGACAAACUAUAGCUGAACAGCUACGGCAACUUCCUUUAGAAAUUGCUCUGAAAACAGAGGAAAUGAUUUUAUCAACAGUCCGAAAGCAACGAAUCAAAUUAGCAAAACAACAGACAUCAACUCAAUAAGUUCGCCUUCCAACUUUAUCCUCGGAAUCCAAUACCUUUGCUUCUACCAGUGGUAAAAGUGGUGUAGUAACAGACAAUGAGUAUCCUUAUGAUGAGGACUACGAUGUACUCGCACGGGCUGUAGCAAGCAUUCAUGAUACAUCUAUGUCGAAGUCCAAAUAGAGUUAUGAUCAAUAUUAAUUUUUAAAUAUCCUAAGUUGUUGAUUGUUUGUAGCUACUUCCAAAUAAAAAAUAAAAAUUAUUUGCUUACCUCAA